AUGAAUUAUUCUAUAUCAUAUCGAAAACGACUAUGCUUAACCUGGAUAUAUAGAGGAAUUGUUAGAAAUAGAUUUAUCGCCGGAUGUCUGUUAAUGACAGUAUUAAUUGCGACAUUAUAUAUUCAUUUAAAUAGAUCCUAUACCAAUUCAAUUUCUUUUCAGAUUCAAGAAAUCAAUAAACGUAAAACGCAUAUCAGUAAUAUUAGCAAUAUUAUAGUUGUUAUUGACGAUGAACAACAUGCAAACAAUCUGCAGCCUAUAUAUUGCAAUCUGCAUAGAAAAACAGAAAAUGUAAGCACGCAUGUAAUAGUUACAGGUCGUGGAAUAAGUGGUAAAGAAUUAAUAAAGUCCAAUUCACUAUUGCCAAAUUGUGAUAUAACUGUAUAUGAUCUGGAGCUUCAAAAAAGCAUUUUUGUCAAUGAAAAUUUCUUAACAUCAAUUUUUAAAGGAAUAAGUGGUAUAUUGAAUCAAAUUCAGCCGGAUGUUUUGAUUUAUAUAAAUGAUUUUAAGAAUGAAGCAAUGCGUGCUGUUGAUGCCGCAUUAGUUUCUGCUUCUCAAACAAAUAAUACCAUUACAAAGAUUGCACUACCUCUUGAACAUGCGAAAUAUAUGAUGUGGUUAACUGAUUUAUCCAUAGAGGCGCUUAAAAACUGGAACACUCCAAACAUUCAAAUACAAGUAAUUACUCAAAAUCGUCCUUCCUCUCUUAUACGUCUUAUGCAAUCUCUCGGUUCGUCUAUUUAUUUCGGUGAUGACGUACAUCUUACUAUAAACAUUGAUCGAAGUGCAGAUCCUAUAACUGUUAAUUAUUGUCAGACAUUUGAAUGGAAUUUUGGUCAAAAGAGCGUUCGAUACCGUAUAAAACAAGGUGGUUUGAUUAAUGCUGUGGUGGAAUCUUAUUAUCCUGCUACCAAUGAUGAAUACGCCAUAAUUUUAGAAGAUGAUAUUGAA